AAUCGGUAAACUGGGUAAACCGCAUACAAUCGCAGAGACUCUCAUUUUGCCGGCAGCGCAAGACAUGUGCAGAAUAAUGAUAGGCGAUAGUGCAGCAGCCAAACUCGGUGCAGUACCACUGUCCAAUGACACAGUCGCUAGGAGAAUUGUAGACAUGUCCAAUGAUAUCAGAGAGCAACUGAUCGAGUUUGUAAAAAAGAGUCCUUACUACGCGCUGCAGCUGGACGAAUCCACUGAUAUUGCUGGGCAGGCACAGCUCCUCACCUAUGUCAGGUAUCUACGGGACAAGGCGAUUGAGGAGGAUGUACUGUUUUGCCGGCCUCUUCAGUUGCACACUACAGGAGAAGCCAUUUUCAAUGUCCUUAAUAUUUUUAUCCUUGAAAAUGGUUUGGCUUGGGACCGAUGCGUUGGCCUAUGCACGGAUGGUGCGCAAGCAAUGACGGGGCGUGAGCGUGGCCUAGCUGCUCGAGUUCAGCAAGUAGCUCCACUUGUGAAAUGGACACAUUGCAUGGUCCAUCGCGAAGCACUAGCUGCUAAAAAAAUGCCGGUUCUUUUUGACUCCGUGCUGAACCAAUCCGUGAAAAUGAUAAAUCUUAUCAAAUCACGGCCGUUAAACUCUCGCUUGUUUGGGGUCCUCUGCCAGGAGAUGGGGUCAGGGCACGAACAGCUGCUUCUGCACACUGAAGUUCGCUGGCUCUCCAGGGGGCGGGUGCUACAGCGGUUGUAUGAGCUUCAUGAGGAGAUGAAGUGGUUUUUGACAGAAAUCAAAUCAGAUCUGGCGAAGCAUCUGGAUGACACUAUGUGGCUUGCGUCUCUGUCCUAUUUGGUCGAUAUAUUUGACCGCUUGAAUGGCCUCAACCUGUCUUUGCAAGGCCGCGGAACUCAUAUUUUGAUCCUUGCAGACAAAGUGCACGCCUUCACACAAAAACUAGACCUCUGGCAUGGCCGCAUCAGUCAAGGGAACUGCGACAUGUUUCCCAGCCUUGCAGACUUUAUCACUGAUGCAGGCACGUCACACGAUUUCUCAUCCCUAUUUCAAUCAGCGUCUGAGCACCUGUCAGCAAUGAGAAAACAAUUUGCGACGUACUUUAAAGAGGAUUAUCGCUCUUUUGCGUGGGUUCGAGAUCCGUUUGUGUGCACAGCAAACGAGCUAUCAAUUGAUAUGCAGGAACAGCUUAUUGAGCUGAAGAGUGACAGUAGACUGAAGGAACUCUUUAACUCCUGCCCUCUUUCGUCAUUCUGGGCAGCAUUGAUGCAGGAAUAUCCUGAACUCUGUGACGUCGCCAUGAAGAUUCUCCUUCCUUUCGCGUCGACAUAUCUGUGUGAGGCAGGAUUCUCAAAAAUGACUGCACUCAAAACGAAAUACCGCAAUCGUGCACAAAUCGAGGAUGAUCUGAGACUAUGUUUAUCAAACAUUGAGCCAAGAAUUGGGGAUCUUUGCAAGGCAAAGCAGGCUCAGGUCUCGCAUUAACAUCACGUACCUGCAAGCUUCUGUUACAAAAUGCAGAUGAUACCUACUAUUAGGCCUAGUAAUAAUAACCAUAAUAAAGUAUACAUUAAUAUCAGAGGUCUGGUGCAAAUUCCCAAUUAUAGCAAUAGCCUAGUAAUGAUAAUAGGCCUAUACUGAUGAUAAUAAUAAUAAUAACAACAACAACAACAAUAAAGCAUUUAACCUCAUAUAAUUAUAUAGCAAUAGCCUAGUAAUGAUGAUAGGCGUACUACUACUCAUAAUAAUAAUAAUAAUGUCUGCAAGCUCACAUUAGAAGUCUGGUUCUACUGCCAAUUAUAACAAUAGCCUAGUAAUGAUAAUAGGCCUACCUACAGCUACUGAUGAUAAUAAUAAUAAUAAUGUGGGCCUAAAGAUAAUAGCCGGCCGGCCAUCCAUCCUUCCAUCCAUCCAAGGUUGUGUGGUGUGGGGGCGCUGGGGCCCCAACUGCAAUGAAGCAGCUUUGGGGGGCCCAGCUUGCAAAAGGUUGAGAACCCCUGG